AUGGAAGUGGAUCGAUUACAAAAUACUCAUUUUCUAUUAAAACAUAUCUGGAAAUCGAAUUUCUUUGCACCAAUUGAACAAUUGCUCGACUCUUGUAUAAAUGGAAAAGGUGCUUACGUCUUGGAUAUAGGUUGCGGUCCGGGAACUUGGAUACUUGAAAUGGCUAGUGAAUAUCCAGAUGCUGAAUUUAUUGGAAUAGAUAUUUCACCAGUCUAUCCAUCAGAAGUCAAACCACCAAAAGCAACUUUUUACGAAUACAAUGUGUUGAAACGACUGCCAACUAUACCCGAUAAUACUGCUGAUUAUGUGCAUAUGAGAUCAAUGAAUGCCGCAUUCACCGAAAUAGAAUGGACAGAAGUUGUUCUACCCGAGUUAAUACGCGUCUUAAAGCCAGGAGGAUGGAUCGAGCUCUGCGAGCUUGAUAUGCAAUUUUGUAAUCCUGGGCCAUCCGGAAAAAGAUUAUCUGAUGCAGCUAUUGCAUUUUUUGCGACAAUUGAUAUCAAUGGACUUAUUGCUGCAAAACUUUCAAGUUUUCUUUCGGAAACACAUCAACUAAGAAAGAUAAAACAAGAGGAAAGAUCUUCUCCGUGUGGCAAAUGGGGAGGAACUGUCGGUCAACUGGUCAGUCAAUCAUUGCAAGUUGCUAAAGAUAAUAUUGAUGCAUACAUUGGCUUGAAAACAUACCUGUCAGAUUUUAUGGGUGUAACACACGAGGAGUACGACAGAAUAAUCGAAAAGUCUAUGCUCAAAAAGUUUGGCCUAAUAUGA